UGAUGGUGAUAGGGGGAAGGGGCACCGUGGUAAUAGCUAUGAUGACCAUGUCGUGAAGUGCGUGCAGAGUGCACUUUUUUUUUUCAAAAGUUGUUUCUUAGCUUUAUUUCUUCUCUUUUCCCUGUAGCGUCUCUGAACGCAUUUAUUAAUUACAGUCUCUGUCGAACUAUCUAUCGUAGAAGCCAAAUCCCCAAUACAUUAAAUUCCAGCCAAAUUGCCCUGUAACAGCAAGGAAUUUCAAUGGCAGACGCUAAGAUCGCACCAUUAUUUAUUCUUUCCAAACGCAAAAGCUUUUAAGUUGAAGACUACGGAAAGUUUAUUUCGCUGUACAAAUACUAUAAAAAGGCAUUACGCUUUCCCUCCAACCCUGAAAUCGAAAAUAGAAUGCAUAUUUGGGGGGAUUAUAAUGGCGUGAAAAGGUAUGGAGAUAAAAAGCUGUAUUUGUAGAGGGAAAACGAGUAGCAGUAGCUGAGGUAGAGAGAUGGAGAGGAGUGGCGGUGCGGUGGAAGCAGUUGGCGUUGAUGUGAAGUGGGAGUGGAGGAACAACAGCACGGACGAAGACCACCACAGCGCGGCCAGGAUUAGGGAGGAGGUGGAGAGGGAGGCCGCGCAACUUGCCGAGCAGCAUAGCCGCCUCUCUGUGCGUGAUCUCGCAAGCAAGUUCGAAAAAGGCUUGGCUGCUGCUGCCAAACUCUCUGAUCAAGUAAGGUUUAGGGACACUGCUGCAUUGGACAAGCAAGUACUCUUAAAGAAACUUCGGGAUGUUCUGGAGGCUUUGAGAGGGCGCGUGGCAGGUCGCAACAAAGAUGAUGUUGAAGAAGCUAUCACUAUGGUAGAAGCACUUACAGUUCAGUUGACACAGAGAGAAGGAGAACUGCUGCAAGAAAAAGCAGAAGUGAGAAAGCUUGCUACUCUUUUCAAGCAGGCAUCAGAUGAAGCAAGAAGAAUGGUUGAAGAAGCGAGAGCUGUGGCUCAUGCCGAAAUUGAAAGUGCUAGAGCAGCUGCAUUUCGGGUUGAACAAGCCUUACUGGAGCAAGAAAAUUUAUGGAAAAGAACGGAGAAGCAGGAUUUUGAAGAGACAAGGAAAGAGGUUCAAGAAGCUCGAAGAAUAAAGAUGCUACAUGAACCAAGUAAGGUCAUGGACAUGGAACAUGAACUUGAAGGCUUGCGACUUCAGCUUAAAGAAAAAUCUGCUGAGGCUGUUAGUUUGAGAAAAGAGUUGGCUGUCACCAAAAGACAUGAACAGAAUAAAGAACAUUUGUAUGACUUAGAGGGUGCUGAGUCAUUAGGUUCAUAUUUGCGGAUCAUCACUUGUGCAGAUAAUGCACUAGACAUUGUGAAUUGUAGUAUUCAGUGGUAUCGUAUAUCUUCAGAAGGAAGCAAGAAGGAACUUAUUUCAGGCGCCACAAAAGCAGAAUAUAGCCCUGAACCAUUUGAUGUUGGAAGGUUUUUACAAGCUGAGAUUCAUCUCUCAGAUGGACAGAAGGCAAUAGUCACAAGCAGUGCACCAAUAGAUCCAGCUCCCGGUUUAGGAAAUUAUGUAGAAGCCCUUGUAAGAAAAGCUGGUGCAGAGUUCAAUGUAAUCACUCUUCAGAUAAAUGGAGAAGAUGUUUCAACAGAGUCAAUCAACAUUUUUCAUGUGGGUAAGGUGAGGAUUAAACUCCGCAAAGGAAGAAGCACAAAGGCGAAAGAAUCUUACUCAGCAUCGAUGCUGCUUUGUGGAGCUCGAGGUGGUGGAAAGGCAGCUGCUCAGGCAUUAUUUUGGCAGGCCAAAAAAGGACUUUCAUUCUUAUUGUCUUUUGAAUCAGAAAGAGAACGUAAUGCUGCAAUUAUGCUUGCAAGAAGAUUUGCCUUUGAUUGCAAUAUAAUGCUUGCAGGCCCUGAUGAUAGAGCUCCAUUGGGAACAUAGUUCAAGCUCACCUGCCAAGUAGGAGUAUUUGUAUGGUAUUUGAUUAUUAAUUAUUUAUGAAUGGCCUCUUUAUUUGAGAAUAGAGUGCCAUUGGAACUGAUGUCAAAGGUGGACUAUUUGUUAGCUAUUAAAUACAAGAUGGUCUCGUUAAAUCCUAUUUCCUUCAUUUAUUUGUACUAGUAGAAGCAGAUGAUUUUUUGUGUUCGCAUUGCGUAUAGCUGAGUUACAUUAAAUGCUUUGUUGUAAGAUAUUUUGCCAAAGUAAGGGUUCACUUGUUUUGGAGACAUCCGUAGCUUCCUUGUAACACAAGAUGGAGGUUUACUAAGGCUUAGUGUAAUAUUCACUUACCUGUUGUGGGAUAUACAUUGCUUGUGAAGAAUGCUGACUACUAACGUAAACAAAGGCCAUUCGAUGUUUGCACAAUGAAGAGGCAAUAUUUAACUCAAACUGUGGGUAUUGGUACUGAUGUAAACGGUAUGAAGUACAGUGGCAGCAAGUGUUAUUCUCUCUAUCUUGUUACGUACAAGAACAUAUGAAGUAACGAGGGCCUUGAUUGCCAACAGACAAUGCUUCAAUUCUGUGGAUGGGUUAACAGUACUAACCCUCUUUGUAAGAGAGAAAGAGACGUACGCUUGUCUGCAACUGUGUAUGUUUGAAGUUGCGUUACAAGCCUUGGCCGGGACAUGUAUCUUUUAGACCAUUACUGGAGAGGUGUCUGAAUAGUGAACUUCUCACAAGUCAAAGCAAUCAUUGGGAAUAAUUUUGAGCACCAUAGCAUGUGAGUUGUGAAAAGUCGAACUAUUUUUGUUUGGACUAAUAUUUUGCUUUACAACCUGAAUGACCUUGUUCCUGUUUUAACAUAUAUUGAAGACACAGGGCUUCAUAACUCGAGCUUGUACCCAAGGAUGUAAAUAUUAACUAAGUGGUGAACAUGUUUUGUAUUGAGAAAGUAUUGAUCCACAGAUGAGUCAGAUGCCAUGGUUUGAAAUCUAACUGAAUCUUUCUUUCA